AUGGCUGGAGGUGGUUCUGGAUCUCAGGCAUUUCCCCAGAAAAGUGCUGGUUCUGGAAGUCAACCGGACCACAUUUCAAGGAUGAAAACAAAGAUGGACUACAUUGUCGUCAACCAGGUCACCCUUGCCGAACAGAACCGGACAAACAUCCAGCUGGCAGCCCUGCAACAAGUUGUAACCAUUGAUAAGAGUUCACAGGAGUCCAAGGAUGUCCGACUAGACAGGAUGUACGACCAGCAGAUCAAGUUUCAAAAAUAUUUAUAUUCUCAUAUGGAAGUUCAGCAGAAACACUUUGACGAGAUAUUUGACAGGAUUCAUGAGCAGUUGAAAGCGGUGCUAAAUAAGUUGGAAGGCAUUUUAGCAAACAGCACUGGAGCCAAAGCCAGUGCGGUGGAAAGCAUUCCUAUUCCCCCGAAGUUCGAGCUGAUCGGAUCCAGGUAUUUUUAUAUCGAAGACAAAGUUCAGCAAGAUUUUGAAACUGCUGCCAGUACCUGUAUCCAAAUGGGUGGGUAUCUGGCCUCCAUUAAGGACGAAGAGGAGCUAAACCUAAUCCGCAUGAAACUCAGGAAAAAAGAGGGCUACUGGCUGGGCACCAACGAUCACAAAGAAAAGGGCAGUUUUGUGUCCUUGGCCUCCAGAAAACCAGCCUUUGUAAAAUGGGCCAGGGGAGAGCCCUUAGACUUUUUCCCAACUAACUGCAUUGAAUUAUUUUACAGCAGAGAUGUGGAAAACAUGAUGCUGAUGGAUUGUGAUUCGGAAAGAUACUUUAUUUGCCAGGCUGAUAAAGAAAUUUAA